AUGCCGAAGAAGUCAAAGAGAGGAGGAGGAGGUAAAGGUGGAGGGAGGACGGAGGAGGAGAGGCUCCUGUAUCUGCAGCAGAGGGCUCAGGCCGAGGAGGAAAUGGCCAAGAAGAAGGAGGAGAUGCUCUUCCUGUUCCUGAAGGACAAGCUGCAGAGGGAGGAGAAGAACACGUCUGUCAACCUGCUGAAGAUCAAUGAGGGCUGGCGUUCCAUCCUGCGUCAGACCCGAACCGCCGAGCUCCGGAUCCAGGUGUCUGUCAUGAGUCAGACCUUCGAGAGGGAGUUGGACGGGCUGGACGGCAUCAUCAAGAACCUGGAGGGCGACCUGCUGGAGGCAGAGCGUCAGCAGGCUCAGGUGCAGCGCUGUCACCUGCAGCACCUGGAGGCCCUUUGGAGCCUGCAGGGGCGGAGGCUGGCGCUGGUGCAGCAGCAGUGGGAGGGCGGAGUCAAACACCUGGGCAACACCUUCAGCUCCGACAGACUCAUGUUUGUUUUUUUGUCUUUGUGUCUCAGGAGGCUCAUGGCGGAUCAGACCCGGCACAGAUACUUAGACCUGAACCAAAAGUCCCUCAAACUGGACCAGAAAUACGAGUCUGUGAUGGAUGAGAUUCACAACGUCUACAAUCAGAGCAUCGCCUUCUUCCACAACUCACUGAUGGACAAGAAGGCGGUUCUGCUCCAACAGUCAAAGGAGAUGAAGGCCCAGAAGGCGGUUCUGGUCCAGGACGCUCGACAGAAUUACACCGACAACAAGAAGCAGCUGGAGCUUCUGGAGACGAAAACACAGAGGCUGAUCCGAGAGAUGGACCAGGACGUGAAGAAGGCCCAGGACAUGCAGAAAUGUGUCUCUGCGUUGUGGACGUUGCUGAGCUCCAGUCAGGCCGAACAGGAACCGGUCAUCCAGGACCUGAUCUCAUCCAAAGCCGCCGUGACCCGUAGAACCCUCCGGCUCCAGGACCAGCUGACGGAGGCUCGGAACCGGGCCCAGAAGCAGCUGACGGUCCUCAGCGUCCAGAGCGACCGGGCCACCAGGACGCUCCAGGAUGUCAUCUUACAGGGUGAGAAGCUGCUUCGUCUUUCAGACAUUUGUAAGAAUCUGGAGGAGAAGCACCAGGAGUUCACAGGAGAAGAAGAUGAGGCCGACACGGACCGACAGAAACCGGAGGAGGAGGAGGGGCUCCCGGAGCUGCGACGUCUGAUUGGUCGGUACAACUCGUCGCUGCAGCUCAGAGCAGCUGCGAGGAAACGGCGAGAGGAGCUGCUGAGGGAAAACCAGCAGCUGAAGGUCCUGCUGCAGCAGCACCUCGAUUCCCUGACGGUCAGCGAACGCACCGUCGCAGGACGCCACGCCCUGCUCACUGUGAACCCAGCCCCGGUUACCAUGACGACCAGCCCGCCAGAACCAAGGCUGCGUCACACGGUGGUGGAGGCCGUUCACGCGUCCAGAUACACGACCUGACGACACAGAACCCAACAUGGAACUCCUGUGAGUCCAGGUCCCACAUUCAGAGCAGGAUGAUCCAAAGGGGGUCAGAC